CAUUCUCUUGUUCUAGCAUAGGAAAACCCCUAAACCCCCUCUCUGUCCCUCUCAAAAGCUUUUUUUGGGGUUGAUAUCAGAUUCUGUUUGAUUUUGAAAAAAGAGGACACACACAAUGCCUCGAGCGUCGAAGAGAAAAUCAGAACCCCUCAAAUCAUCUAAAGUCGAUGGUGUUAGUUCUGCUUCAAACAAAGCUACAAUGAAGAAGGGGGAACCUAUAGAUCAUCUUUUCCAUUCAUAUGCAAAUAGGUCAUUGGGCAUGAUUGAUCCGGAAGGAAUAGAGGCACUUUGUUCAGAUUUGGGAGUGGAUCAUACUGACGUCAGGAUAUUGAUGCUCGCUUGGAAAAUGAAUGCCCAGAAGCAGGGAUAUUUUACACAGGAUGAGUGGCAAAGAGGCCUGAAAGCUCUUACUGUUGACACUGUAAAUAAAUUGAAGAAUGCACUCUCAGAACUAGAGAAUGAGGUUAGGAUGCCUCAGAAUUUUGCAGAUUUCUAUUCUUUUGCAUUUCAAUACUGCCUAACAGAAGAUAAGCAAAAAUGGAUAGAUGUUGAAUGCAUCUGUGAAUUGCUAGAUAUUGUUAUGGGGUCCCAAUUUCCGUCCCAGGUUGCCUUAUUCACCAAGUAUUUAAAGAUCCAGAAUGAUUACAAGGUGAUUAACAUGGAUCAAUGGACAAGCUUUCUACGGUUUUGCAGUCAGUUAAGCUUUCCAUACCUUAAAAAUUAUGAUACAACCGAAGCUUGGCCAUUAAUCCUUGAUGAUUUCGUCGAGUGGAUGAGAGAAGAAAAGCUAGCCACAGCAGAAUCUUAAUACCCUUUCUAUAGAUUAUAGUGCUAAUCAGAUGAGGACUUUGCCAAAACCUUUUGAAUGGAUGUUUUUUUUGAAGACUACUUGACUGGAGCUCUCUCUUGUAUGCCAAACUACUUAAAAAUUCUUCAUAUAGUUUUUUUUAACAAUAUCAACUCCUUGGACAAUUAAUUGGUACCCUCCCAUUUCUGUUUUACUGUUGAAGGGAAUUGAUUUAUUUUAAGGUAUAGACGAAUAAACAUUAAUAGAAGUAAUU